GUGCUUACAAAACCCCCCCUCCACUCUCCCCAACAGCUCGGCGUCGUCGCACCACCUGGGAAACGGUGCAAAGGGUUCGUCGUCUCGGUUGCUCGGGCUGCGCGGCGCGGAGUCGGCGGGCGGGCGGGCGUAGCGCCGCGCCGGGUAUGGACGCGGCGGCGGAGGGGGUUCGUCGUCCGGACUCCUCAGGCGGCGGCGCGGAGUCUUCGAGCGGGCGGGCUGGCGUGCGUAGCGCCACCGCCACGGCGGGUAUGGACGCGGCGGCGGAGCUCCAGAGGGUGGCGAGCUUGCGCCGCGACAGCUUCGGGUCCAGGUCGUCGGGCCCCUCCGCGUGGUGGCGCGCGACCGACGCCACGUUCUCGCGCUCCUCUUCGCGGAGGGGGGAGGAGGAGGAGGACGACGAGGAGGCGCUGCGGUGGGCCGCGAUCGAGAGGCUGCCUACCUGCGACCGCGUCCGCAGCGCCAUCCUACCGCUAGGUGGCGACGGCGAUGGCCAUGGCCAUGGCGGCGGGGAGGUGGUGGACGUGCUCGGCCUCGGCCCGCGCGACCGGCGCGCGCUCCUGGAGCGCCUCGUGUGCGUCGCCGACGAGGACAACGAGCGCUUCCUGCUCAAGGUCAAGGAACGCAUCCAACGGGUCGGGAUCGACUUGCCCACGAUCGAGGUGCGGUUCGAGCACCUAAGCGCGGAGGCGGACGUGCGCGUCGGCUCCAGCGGACUCCCCACCGUCCUCAACUCCAUCACCAACAAGCUCGAGGACAUCGCCAACGCGCUGCACUUGCGCCGCAGCCAGAAGCAGGCGAUGCCGAUCCUGCACGACGUCAGCGGCAUCGUCAAGCCCUGCAGAAUGACUCUGCUGUUAGGUCCGCCCGGGUCAGGGAAAACCACCUUGCUGCUCGCCUUGGCCGGGAGGCUCCAUAACAACCUCAAGGUUUCAGGCAAAGUGACCUACAAUGGGCAUGAAAUGGAUGAGUUUGUGCCUGAGAGGACAGCCGCGUAUAUCAGCCAGCAUGACCUUCAUAUUGGAGAGAUGACUGUCAGAGAGACGCUUGAGUUCUCUGCACGCUGUCAAGGUGUUGGCACUCGUUUCGAUUUGUUGGCUGAGCUUUCAAGGCGGGAGAAGGCCGGAAAUAUAAAACCUGAUACCGAUAUCGAUGCAUUCAUGAAGGCUUGUUCAAUGCGAGGACAGGAAGCUAAUGUGAUCUGUGACUAUAUAUUGAAGAUAUUAGGAUUAGAAAUAUGUGCUGACACGAUGGUGGGAGAUGAGAUGUUGAGGGGCAUCUCUGGGGGACAACGGAAGCGUGUCACAACAGGCGAGAUGCUUGUUGGUCCGGCCAAUGCACUGUUCAUGGAUGAAAUUUCAACUGGGCUUGACACCUCCACUACGUUCCAGAUCAUUAAGUCGAUUAGACAGACAAUCCACAUCCUCGGUGGCACAGCUCUCAUCUCCUUGUUACAGCCUGCACCUGAGACAUAUGAUCUUUUUGAUGACAUCAUACUCCUCUCAGACGGGCAGAUUGUGUAUCAGGGGCCCCGAGAAAGUGUGCUUGAAUUCUUCUUGUCUCUAGGGUUCAAGUGUCCUCAGAGAAAGGGUGUGGCUGACUUUUUGCAAGAAGUGACUUCCAGGAAAGAUCAGAAGCAAUACUGGGUGUGGCACGACAAGCCGUACCGAUAUGUGUCAGUUAAGGAAUUUGCAUCCGCAUUCCAGUCUUUCCAUGUUGGGAGAGCUGUAGCACAUGAGCUAGCCAUUCCGUUCGACAAGAGCAAAAACCAUCCCGGUGCUCUGACCACCUCAAGGUAUGGUGUCAGUGCCUGGGAGCUAUUCAAAGCAAACGUCGAUCGAGAACUCUUGCUUAUGAAGAGGAAUUCCUUCGUCUACAUCUUUAGAACUUUGCAGCUGAUGAUAACGACCAUAAUUGUAAUGACUCUCUUCUUUCGUACCAAUAUGCACCGUGACUCAGUGACUGAUGGUGGUAUCUACAUGGGUGCGCUCUUCUUUUCGGUGCUCUUGAUCAUGUUGAAUGGAUUUUCUGAGCUUGCACUCACCAUCAUGAAGAUACCAGUGUUCUUCAAGCAGAGAGAUCUCCUCUUCUUUCCAGCAUGGGCCUACACCAUACCCACAUGGAUCCUCAAGAUCCCAAUCUCUUUUAUUGAGGUUGGUGGGUUUGUUUUCAUGGCAUACUAUGUCAUCGGGUUUGACCCAAAUGUAGUCAGGUUCUUCAAGCAAUAUCUCCUAUUUUUAGCAGUCAAUCAGAUGGCAGCAGCACUCUUCCGAUUUAUUGGUGGGGCAGCAAGGGACAUGACUGUUGCAAACGUCUUUGGAUCAUUCGUGCUGCUAAUCUUUAUGGUGUUGUGUGGAUUUAUUCUAGAUAGAGAAAAAGUGAAGAAGUGGUGGAUAUGGGGAUAUUGGAUCUCCCCAAUGAUGUAUGCCCAGAAUGCCCUCUCAGUAAAUGAGAUGCUAGGGCAUAGUUGGGACAAAAUUUUGAAUAGCUCUAUGUCCAAUGAAACCCUAGGUGUGCAAUCCCUGAAGUCCCGCGGAAUUUUCCCAGAAGCAAAGUGGUAUUGGAUCGGCUUAGCUGCAUUGAUUGGAUUUGUCAUGCUUUUCAAUUGUCUCUUCACGCUUGCCCUAGCGUACCUGAAGCCAUAUGGCAAGUCCCAUCCGUCUAUAUCUGAAGAGGAACUGAAGGCGAAGUAUGCAAACAUCAAUGGUAAUGUUGUGGCUGAAGACAGCUUGCCAGUAGGAAGUAGCCACUUAGAAACAGUUGGCAUCACUAGAUCCAGUUCAGCAACUGUUGAAAAUCAUUCUGGCACUAUGCAAAGGGGUAUGAUUCUUCCGUUUGCCCCGCUUUCACUGACUUUCAGUAACAUCAAGUACUUUGUUGACAUGCCCCAGGAGAUGAAAACACAUGGUGUAGUCGGGGACCGGUUAGAGCUCCUCAAAGGUAUCAGUGGGUCUUUCAGACCUGGAGUGUUGACCGCACUGAUGGGUGUUAGUGGUGCUGGCAAGACAACUCUAAUGGAUGUAUUGGCUGGGAGAAAGACCAGUGGUUACAUUGAAGGAAACAUUAGCAUUUCUGGAUACCCAAAGAAGCAAGAGACCUUUGCACGUGUAUCAGGAUACUGUGAGCAGAAUGAUAUCCACUCACCGCACGUGACAGUCUAUGAGUCACUUGUUUUCUCAGCAUGGCUCCGCCUUCCUACAGAUGUAGAUUCAAACACGAGAAAGAUGUUCAUUGAGGAGGUCAUGGAACUUGUGGAGCUCAAGCCAUUGAGAAAUGCUUUGGUUGGACUUCCUGGUGUAAAUGGUCUGUCAACUGAACAGAGGAAAAGACUGACCAUUGCUGUGGAGCUAGUUGCUAAUCCCUCAAUCAUUUUCAUGGAUGAGCCAACCUCUGGUCUUGAUGCCCGAGCAGCUGCAAUUGUUAUGAGGACAGUGAGGAAUAUUGUUGAUACAGGUAGAACUAUAGUCUGCACGAUUCAUCAGCCUAGCAUUGAUAUAUUUGAAGCAUUCGAUGAGCUUUUCCUUAUGAAACGAGGAGGAGAGGAGAUCUAUGUUGGUCCACUAGGCCAUCAUUCGUCUGAGCUGAUUAAGUAUUUUGAGGGAAUCGAGGGAGUCAAGAAAAUUGAAGAUGGCUACAAUCCAGCAACAUGGAUGUUAGAAGUAACAGCAGUUUCGCAAGAACAAAUACUAGGUGUUGAUUUUAGUGACUUGUACAAGAAAUCUGAAUUGUACCAGAGGAACAGGGCCUUGAUACAAGAGUUAAGUGAACCACCAGCAGGCUCAAGUGACCUUCAUUUCCAUAGCCAGUACGCACAGUCUUUCUUCAUGCAAUGCCUGGCUUGCUUGUGGAAGCAGAACCUGUCAUAUUGGAGGAACCCUGCUUACAAUGCCGUUAGGCUAUUUUUCACAACAGUCAUAGCGCUUAUGUUUGGCACCAUCUUCUGGGACCUUGGUGGUAAAAUGGGUCAACCACAAGAUUUGUUCAAUGCUAUGGGGUCCAUGUAUGCUGCAGUGAUGUUCAUCGGCGUCUUGAAUUCUACAUCUGUCCAGCCAGUAGUCUCUGUGGAGCGGACCGUGUUUUACCGCGAAAGAGCUGCCGGGAUGUACUCGGCUUUGCCAUAUGCAUUUGGACAGGUUUCCAUUGAACUCCCAUACAUUCUGGUUCAGGCCAUCGUAUACGGGAUCAUAGUGUACUCCAUGAUCGGGUUCGAGUGGACAGUUGCCAAAUUAUUUUGGUACCUCUUCUUCAUGUACUUCACCUUUCUCUACUUCACGUUCUAUGGAAUGAUGGCUGUCGGCUUGACGCCGAGCUACCAUGUUGCGGCGAUCGUCUCCACACUGUUCUAUGGUAUCUGGAACCUCUUCUCUGGAUUCUUGAUCCCUCUCCCCAAAGUCCCGAUCUGGUGGAAGUGGUACUGUUGGGCAUGCCCUGUGGCAUGGUCGCUGUACGGGCUGGUUGUGUCUCAGUUUGGGGACAUCAGGACGCCCAUGGAUGACGGUGUCCCCGUGAAUGUGUUCGUGGAGAAUUACUUCGACUUCAAGCACAGCUGGUUGGGCGUGGUGGCCAUAGUGGUCGUGGCGUUCGUCGUCCUCUUUGCUUUCCUAUUCGGCUUUGCCAUCAUGAAGCUCAACUUCCAAAGGAGAUAGCAAUGCUACAUAUAAUUGUAGCAACUGUGCAAAGUUAACAUGCCCGAGUAGAAGUCCAUCAAUUGCUAUCUUCUCACAAAGAAUCUUAUUUAGUUGAUAUUGAUAUUGAUUUUGUUAUGUAUAUGUACGUAAUGGUCGUGUAAUUUUAUAAUGGAUGUUGUAUAUAUAAUAUGGAUACUCCGAUCUUCUCACAAACAAUCUUCGGUUUAAGUAGUA